AUGGGUAAAUUCAGCAAAAAAAAUCAGAUGUAUGUUAACCUCUCAUCUUCUGGUACAUUUUUGCCAAUGACCCUUUCUGCAUCUCAAGUGCUAAGCACUGGAGCAUCUAAAACAGUUGUUGCCAGGAACCUGCCAUUUUCCAUGAAUAAAUCUGAUCUAAUUGAGUUCUUUAAACAGGCUGGGAAAGUUGUUGAUGCGCGCUACAAGGAUGGACAUUACAAAGGGAUCUGCUACAUUGAGUUUGCAACUGAAGAAGCUGCAAACAAGGCAUUAGAGUUGGAUGGCCGAUACUUGUGUAACAGGGAUAUUGGAGUUGGCCCUCUAGUGGAAAGCACCACCACUGGAGCAUCAAAAACACUUGUUGCCAAGAACCUAUCAUCUUCCACUACUAAAUCUGACGUGUGA